AUGAAUGAUGCUCAAGUGAAUUACACGGUGACAGAAAAAGAGUUGCUGGUAAUUGUGCUCGCAAUGGUGAAGUUUAGGCUUUAUCUCAUGGCUGCCAAGGCCAUGGCUUUACCCAAUAGUGAGGCCCGGAGCAUUGUGACCUUUCUCAAAAAGGGUAUCUUUACUCGGUUUGGCACUCUUAGAGCAAUCAUUAGUGAUGGAGGGUCUCAUUUUUGCAAUAAGGCAUUUGACACUUUACUUUCAAAGUAUUGUGUCAAUCACAAGGUUUCUACCUCUUACCAUCCUCAAGCUAGUGGGCAAGUUGAGGUCUCCAAUAGGGAGAUCAAAAGCAUUUUGUCAAAGAUGAUCAAUGCAAAUAGGACCGAUUGGUCAAAAAAAUUUGAUGAUGCUCUGUGGGCUUAUUGA